GAUUAUAAAAACCUGCUUGAGGGCACUUUGAGGCUUUCUGGUAAAUUUAAACCAAGUCUCUAGGGAAGGGAGAUGAGCUUGAGUGGAUUCAUCUCACAGGAAGAUACUGCUUGGCCAGAAGGAAAUUGAGGAACCAGAAACAGGAAUCAGUGGGGAAAUUACAAGCUACGCUGCUGCAGAACACUUGGGUAGUACAAGGCAGUUGGGUACUCAGCAUCUUUUCCCAAGCAUCAAGUCAUCUGUUCCCAGGAAGAGCAUUUGAGCUUUAACCUGUCACAAGAGAAAGACAUAGACCCAGAACAAAUGCUAUGUGUUAGUUUUGAGGACCAGAAGAUCAUUGUGGCACCUGCCCCCUGAAAUGCUGGGGCUGAUCCAUUUGUUAGCUCUAAAUAGGAAGCACCCUGGGUACGCUGACACGAGGAAGGUAAUUGUGCGAGGAGGAGCUCUGAAAUUACCCCACUGACAGAAGAUCUCCUCGAAGCCUGAAAUGAAGGCACAAUGGGCAGAGAAGUUUUAAAAGGUCCAAAUUACAGAGGGUAAAACACUGCUGCAAACAAAAGGCCUUCCCACGCUUCUCCUGCUGGUGAUGCAGAGACCUGGAGUUUUGUGCUUCGCAUCAUGGAUCACAGGCACUGGAGUUCUGUGUCUAACCUUCUUCCAGUUAGCAGACUCUGAGUCGGACUGUGAGCUUGGCGAGAGGUGCUUCGGGCAGAGUGAUGAAAACUUUAGCAGCUGGUAUGUGUGGUUCCUGAUGUUGUUUUUCCUGGCCUUGAUUCUGUCCUGCGGGAUCUGCUGCUGUCUGCAGUGCUGGCUCAGAGAGCGGAGCUCCCUCCCCCACCGACGCACCGUGGCUGUCUUUGCGCUCAGCGGCUCUGAUGCCUUUUGUGCAAGUGAAGCACCUCAGUGCCCGUUCUCUGGAUCUCCAAGACCAUGCAUGACUGUGGAGAUGUCCUCUUCUACCCCAUGGUUCAGCGUUGGGUGUACUGAAUUGCCUCCAUCCUAUGAGGAUAUCAUGAAAGAAAACAAGCUCUAGAUGCCACGUGUUGGCUUGGUGCAAUUCCACUUGGUCCAUCAGAGAUCUUCCAUUAUGCUAGAGCAGUGUGAUCCCAUUGGCCCUUUUGCACAAGCUGACCAGGAGACUGAAAGCAGCACAUAUUUCACCUGAGCCUAAAAGGGGAGACAACCUGCAACAGAAUCAACGCCAAAAGCAUGAGGUGAAUCUGCCAUAGGAUCUCAGCUUGACGUUUUGAUAAGGCUCUGGAUGUCAAGAAGCUCACUCAAAGAUCUGUCUGUGCUCAGGGUUUCUGGCUCAGCCUCCAGAGUUACCUCUCUAAUACUGCUUAGGCUGGUGCAGCCUCGUGUCUUUUAGAACCAAAUGUUGAUAAAUGACUGGAGAGUUACUUCUCAAACUUGGGCUGCCUCCUUCACUGGGCACUGAGCCAACAAACACCCUCUGGCAAAGUCAUGUUGUUCUAAUACAUUGUAAUGCAAUCGUGCUACUCUGUGAUGAGGGAUCGUUUGCCACGUUUAAAACAUUUAGCACAGCCCAUCAGAUGUAUCUAGUGCAAAAGGCAGGAAAAAAUAUGGCUGGGGAGGCAAAGUAAAAGAUGGAGGUUAGUGGGGGAGUAGCAGUGGCAGGAGCUGGUUAUGGAGAGAAAAAAGGGGGGAAGGAGGGAAGUUUGCUCAUUUGAGCUGUUCUUAGUUUUAUGGUGACUAUCCCCAGCUUCUCUUGCCCUAGCACUGCAGAACCUUAGGCUUUGAUUUGCCCAGGACCCAUGUGGCAGUUCCCCGUGGAUAUUAAUUAUGGGUUUAGGUAUUUAGUGCUAUAGAAAUGUAUUAGGAUAAAGAAUGCCUUUGUUGUUGGGUUGUUUUUUGUUUUUGUAGAGGUGACCACUGCAGACAGGGUGGGAAGAGAUUUCAAAGAGACUGUCCUAUACCCAAGCAGGACCAAGUCUGCCUGAGGAAUUCCUGGGAGGUCCUGGCCUGCCUGGUUCUCAAAUGGCAGAGGAAAGAUGCUGAAUUUCCCCCCCUUAGCUGGAUUCCAGAUAAAAGCAGAUAUUUUCUUUGUCAUGGGCAAGUCACUGAAGGCUGUGUUCAGCCUGCCUGAGUUCUCUCUCUCUGCUCUCUCAACAGGGCUGGGGGCCACAAUCAGCCCUGCUUUGGUGCAGAAGGUAAAUGUCAUACCUAUGACAGCGCAUCGCCUGCCUAGGGAGCUGUGAGCUCACAGAGUUAAAAUGAGCAGCUGAGUCUAUCAUAAGUAGCCCAAAAGAUUGACAGAAGCCCCCAGCCAGUUUCAUGGAUCAGGUCUCCACCUUUAGAAUGGGAUUAGUAUUAGUUUCUCUGCUCAGGAAGGAAACUGGGAAGAUAAAUCUACUGUGUGCUAUGGAGUGCUCACAUAUUCUCAUCAUGAGGCUAUAUAAGUACCUUUGCUAGAAAAAGAAUUAUAGCCUAUUUCAAGAGACAAAUUUUCUACCAGCCCCACUACAAAUUAUCUCCAUAAAAAUCUUAUUUUAGAAGCAGCUUUAAUGUUUGUGAAAGGAAAUAAAUGCUACUGUAGUAAAAUGAAUGUUUGUGCCAGCAGGCUAAAAUAUUACACGGUUUAUUAAUAAGGAAAAUUAGCAAGUACAGACUCAGCCAGUGGAGAAGCUGAACAAUUCCUGAGUUUCCUUUCCCUGGCUGAACUUCAUCAGAUUUGCAGGUAAUCAGCACCUCUCUGGAUCAGACCUUUUCUAUACAUAAGUGCUUCCACUACUCAACCCCUUCAAUUUAUGCCCUGAAGCAUGUGAUUUGAUUGUGCUUGUCACUUCAGCUUCCAUAGCCUGCUAGUGGGCAUUAAAUCAACCAUCACUUCAUUCCCACCUACACACUGCAUUUGCUUCACUGACCCCUUCAUGGAAGUCAGCUCCACAGGUUGUCUGCAUUACAUACUGCAUAAAACAUUACCGUGUUCUGCUUUUUAAUUGCUUGGUUCAAAAUUAAUCACAGGCUUCAGUUUAAUUGAAUGUCACCUGCUAAUCAAACGGCUGGAGAGGCUAACAAGCAAGGAGCACUCUGGUUUCAAUGCCUCCAUCACUCUGUGUCCCUCUUUGACAAGGUCCAUCCAGCAAGUGGCACUCAUUACCCAGGCAGCAAAUCCUUCCCCAGCCCCCCAACAGAGGGCAAGCAAAGCUUUUGGUGCCUGCCAAGAAGGCUGCUGCACUUGCAGAAACACUCGUAG